AUGGCGAUCUUCGCCCGUUUCUACGAUUUAAAACCCCUGCUAGACUACACUCGUUCCAUCCCCAUUCAUCCUCGUGCAGCUGGAAACUAUGCAGAUGUGAGGCUCAAGGACCAGGAUGAACUUUACCACUAUAGGGCACGUGCUAAUAUGUCCACAUUUGCAUACUUCUGGCGUUCUUCUAAAUCUGUUGCUUCUGGACCUAUGUCUUCUUCUGGAUCUACUUCUUUUGGAUUUACUUCUUCUGAACCUACUUCUCCAGGAUCGACUUCUUCUACAUCCACUCUAGUUACUUCCAGUUCUUCAGGUUCGAGUUCCACACUAACAACUUCUACGUCGGCAACUUCCUCAUCGCCAACCUCGACGGAAUCCAAGACCACUAGCUCCAGUAUCUAUCCAACCUUGGGGAACUCUACCCCGACUGCAAUACCAUCUACUCAUCAUGGUUCUACAGUAUCUGGGGGGGUUGCUGCCGGUAUCGCAAUAGGUACUUUCAUUAUUGGUGCACUUCUUGCCCUCGGUGGCUUUUGGUUUUUUUCAAGGCAAAGAAAGCGAUCGAGAAGACCCAGGGAAACCACUUCUAGCAAUGACUAUAGCAAAAGAACCUUUUCUGCAGGUAAUGGCAUUGCAGCCUCUAAAGAAAUCGACACACCAAUGCAAGACUAUCCAAUUGUCGAACGAGCGGACGAUAGUCAAUUACGAAACCAAAUGCAAAAUCUUGGAGAACUGAUAUAUCAACAUGUCGAGAAUCACACUGCCAUAGGCCCAUACACUGGAACAUCUCAUGAUUUCACGGCGGGAUUAACGAAGUGUGGAUAUUCGGAACGGACCGAGCCUACUGCGUCUACCCUUGGAUCUUUACUUGCAAAUUCGAAGGAACGACGAACGGGGAUAAAAAGUCUGAUAGCAUGGGUUAUCCUGAGGGGGGUAGAUCUCAAAAGUAGUUCUGAAUAUUCGUUGUUGCCCGAUGAGAUCACUGGCUUCUACCGUGCAGUGUUCAAGGGCGAUAAGCGAUUGCAUGAGCAAGAUGCACUCAGCAAAUCAUUAUCUCAAUGGCGACAAUUAUCCGCACACCUCCUCUCUUCUACGCAUUCCAAACAGGGUCCCCCCAAGGAUUCCUCGAUAACGAAGGUUGUCAACCUCUUGAAUUCCAUCUUACAGCCAUUCAUCAAACCCGAUAGUAAUAACUCGCAAUCACAAUCCGAUAAUCUCGCCUCAAUCAUUUGUGAAGGAAAGGAAUUCGGAAUGCUAUUGUUGGAACAACCGGGGGCCUGGAUGUUCGGAUGGGAGACAACUUCAAAAAUGGGAUCAAGGGCUGAGAAUCAGAUCGUGGUGUUUCCUAGUCUGGAAGAGGUUAUACAAAGGAGUGGAAAGGAACGCAGGAGGGUGGUUUGCGAGCAGGAUAGGGAGGGGGUGGUGUAG